CACACACACACACACACGCACACACACACACACACACACACACACACACACACACACACACACACACACACACACACACACACACACACACACACACACACACACACACACACACACACACACACACACGUAUGUCCCACCCCCCAACGGUCAUCAGAAGAUACAUGAACGGAGGAGAUUUGAAGUCACAUUCACAACCGAGAGAGAAAGAGGGGGGGGAUACGGUAGACGGGUAGAAUGGAGAGACAACAACUGUAAAAGGAAAGUAGGCUACUUGGCAGGUCAAACUGGACAAGAGACAGGUGUAACUGUUUUCAGGAUGACUGGUUACUUACAGUUUGCAAGAGUCUAACCAUUGUGAGAUGGUCAUGUAAAAGAAAAUAGAAAACCUCACAUUACUGUCACCACCGUAACCUGUGUGAAGUUAACGUCUAACUCACUGGUCAGAUGGCUGGGACAAAAGCUGCUGUGCUUCCAUCCUUCAGCUCCUUCUCAAACUUUGUUCACUCUGAGGACAAUAUGAAGGAGUGGAAAUUUGAGGAUGGCGCUCUCAGUCUGGACUCUCAAACCAAGAGGACGUCACCUGGCAACACCAGUGACCAGCAGCCAGUUCUACCUCACCUGGACGAUGAAAGUGAAACCUCAUGGGACAUGGAGUUCUUGUUGUCUGACUGGAGCAGCCCAUCACCUGAGCUGAACCCCUCUCUGGACUACAACACUCAGUGUCUUCCUCAACUGGACCAAACUGGUCUCUACCAUGAUGGAGGAGGGGUGUUGACGGACCAAAUAAGUCCAGACAGGCUUCAUACGGGCUGCAGUAGCCUGAUGGUUGAGCUGCUCACCCCCUUAGAGACCAUUGGUUCAGGCUUACCAGAACUUUACAACCAACAGGUUCGUUCAUCAUCAUCAGUAUCAUCAUUCCCCAGUCAACCAAACGUGGACCAGUAUGGUUUCAACCCCGGAAGCAACCAGGUGGGACAUGGCAGAGAUAGAGCCACUGCUGUCCUCACUAAGGCCAAAUCAUGGGACUUUGGAAUGGGACACUACUACCCCCAACAACACACUUCCAUGGUGACGUUUCAAGAUGGCCCAUUCCUCCAAGCCCCUGUCUCCAUGACAACCUCUAUGACCUCUGAAUUUCGAACCCACCACUACAGCUUCCUCCAAAACUACCCCCACCACCUGGGUCUAUACCGCAACCAGAGGGACUACAACCUCCAUGGCCACCAUCACCAACAAGCCUCCUCCAACCACGUCCCCUACUCCCAGCACCAGCAGCCCCACCUAGCUAUCACCUCCUCAGGGGUUCCCCCUGGUGGCUUGGAGGGGAAGAACGGCCGCAGGACUGUGGCGAAGAAGAGAGCUGCUCUACACAGCUGUGAAUACUCAGGUUGUAGUAAGACCUAUACCAAGAGCUCCCACCUCAAGGCUCACCUCCGCACACACACAGGGGAGAAGCCAUACCACUGUACGUGGGAGGGCUGUGGGUGGAAGUUUGCCCGUUCGGACGAGUUGACCCGGCACUACCGUAAACACACGGGUCAGAAACCCUACGCGUGUCUGCAGUGUCAGAGAGCCUUCUCCCGCUCAGACCACCUGGCCCUGCACAUGAAGAGACACACAUGAUGAGAGGAGUGGAGGAUGGGUAUGACUGGGGCCGUGUGAGAUCAUACACACUAAUAUGUGUGUACCUGUCUACACACACUCUCUCUCUCUCUCUCUCUCUCUCUCUCUCUCUCUCUCUCUCUCUCUCUCUCUCUCUCUCUCUCUCUCUCAUUCUCUCUCUCUCUCUCUCUCUCUCUCUC